UCUGUUGUAUAUUACUCCUCUGUAACCAGCAUGUAGCACCGUGCCCCUGUGAGACACAACAUCUAAUUUCACUAUAUGUACACACACGUAGCAGAAAUGACGAUAAAACGUAGGUCAACCUAGUCCCAAGUGAAAUGAAAACUAUGGCUACUGAGGCAAACCCAUAAUAAGUCCUGCACUGUGAAAAAAAACCCAUUAAACAUUAAAGUAACUUUGCAACUACAUGUUAACUAGCAGUUAUUAGAUUAUUAGCAGCCUGUUUUGUUAUUAACUUUUUAAUACUUGGUGUUUAAAUAUACGUGUACAAUAUACGUUUACAAGGCUCCUUAAAGUACAUAGUUUUAAACAUUCAUCGCUCUUUGCACCACGUUAUCAAUACAAGGCAAAUUACCCAGAGGUCACUGGCUUUUUGUUUGCACUUCUGCAGACACACGGUCCACAUUUUCUGUGAAAUCAGACAACCGGCUUUUGUACUCGGCUGAGGAAUCUAUAGCGAACCAAUUUUCUCUCACAAGACAGUGUUUCAUGGGUUGCUGGGCGCUGGCUCAUUUGUAAUAUCACACUUUACUGCCUCUUCUCAUAUAUCGCUGCUCUUUUCAUUGUUCCUCACUGCAUUUUAUAUUUAAGUUAAAAGACUGGUGCGCGAUACCACAAUACACGCCUCAGAUGAAGAGACUUGAACAUAUCAGGGGUCAUUUGUCAGCAGAGAAGAAUAUGAACAUAGCAGCUACCCUGCCGAGUCCCCUCACAACUCAUGUGCUGAAUAUAGACCACGGAGUUCCUGGAGCCAACAUGACCAUCAGCCUCCAUCGCCUAAACCCCAUGUCAUCAGAGUGGGAUUUGCUUACAACAGGGAUAACUAAUGAUGAUGGACGGUAUCCUGGGUUAAUCAGCAAAGAAAGGUUCAUUGCCGGUGUGUAUAAGAUGCGUUUUGAGACUGGAAAAUACUGGGAUGCUUUAGGGGAGACGUGCUUCUAUCCAUAUGUAGAGGUGGUCUUUACCAUCACUGAUUCUUUACAGAAGUACCAUGUUCCUCUGCUUCUGAGCCGUUUCUCUUAUAGUACAUAUAGAGGAAGUUAGAUAUAAGGUUAAUGCAUCUUUCAGUGCAAGUUAAUGUUUUCUGUACUCUACUAACACUUCAUAAUAGUUUUUGGUUUUGGUUGAUAAUGAGUUAAUAAUUGAAUAAACAUUAAUAGAUAUUUGUAGAUGAUUCAAAUGUCUUAACAUACAAAUGUGUUGUCAUAAAAUUGUUUUUGCAAAUCAAUUAAUCAUUAUUAAAUACAUAAUUUGAAGAUAUAU